GAGGUAAAGAGUCCGGAGCGGACCCUGGGAGAAUCAGAAGCACAUCCGGUGGUGGGAGAGCUGUUUGGGCUCCUGAGCGGCGAGUCAGAAGAGUGGAGGCUGUGUCCCACAGACUCUAGCAUCAUGAACAUAUUUGAUCGGAAGAUCAACUUUGAUGCACUCCUUAAAUUUUCCCACAUAACCCCCUCGACACAGCAGCACCUGAAGAAGGUCUAUGCCAGUUUUGCCCUCUGUAUGUUUGUGGCGGCUGCCGGGGCCUAUGUCCAUGUGGUCACCCAUUUCAUUCAGGCUGGCCUGCUCUCUGCCUUGGGCUCCCUGGGGUUGAUGAUUUGGCUGAUGGCAACACCUCAUAGCCAUGAAACUGAGCAAAAAAGACUGGGACUCCUUGCUGGAUUUGCUUUCCUUACAGGAGUUGGCCUGGGCCCUGCUCUGGACUUGUGCAUUGCCAUCAACCCCAGCAUCCUUCCCACCGCCUUCCUGGGCACAGCAAUGAUCUUCACCUGCUUCACCCUGAGUGCACUCUAUGCCAGGCGCCGUAGCUACCUCUUUCUGGGAGGUAUCUUGAUGUCAGCCAUGAGCCUGAUGCUCUUGUCUUCCCUGGGGAACCUUUUCUUCGGAUCCAUUUGGCUUUUCCAGGCAAACCUGUAUGUGGGACUGGUGGUCAUGUGUGGCUUUGUCCUUUUUGAUACUCAACUCAUUAUUGAAAAGGCUGAAAAUGGAGAUAAAGAUUAUAUCUGGCACUGCGUUGACCUCUUCUUAGAUUUCGUUACUCUCUUCAGAAAACUCAUGAUGAUCCUGGCUAUGAAUGAGAAGGAUAAGAAGAAGGAGAAGAAGUGAAAUGACCAUCCAGCCUUCCCCAAUUUGAUUUCCUCUCCCUCCGCCCCUCAUUUCCUCUUCGCACACAUUACAUACAGGUUGCGUGUUCUGUGAUAAUGAAAAGCAUCAGAAAAGCUUUUGUACUUUGUGGUUUUCUCUAUUUUGAAUUUUUUGAUCAAAAAAAUGAUUAGCGAAAUAUA